AUGAGUUUCGGGUUUGGUGUCGGCGAUUUCAUCGCUGUCAUAGACAAGUUGAGACACUGCCACGACAGAUUUUCUGAGGCGCCUGAGCUGUUUGUCUCUCUAGUGAGGAACGUGGAGAUCAUCGAACCGCUUCUUGAGGAAGCCCAUUGCCCACAGCAGAAUCUCAAUGAUGGGGAGAAAAAGAUACUGGAGGACAUCAUCGAAGGUUCCUACAAGGACCUGAAGAGAUUGAAACAAAUUUUAGACGAUUGCCAGGAACUAAAACAGCCUCUCGAAAAGAAGAUAUGGGACAAAGCAAGGCUCUUGCAGUUUCUUCAGCGGUUACAAGUCGACCCAAGAGUGAUCAACAACAUUCAAUCGAGUCUGUCCGUCAAAAUUGCACUCUUGAACACCCUCAAGAACGCGUCAGAUAGUCGAGCCAUCCAAAGCACAAAGCAGGCGGUGGAUUCGAUGCACCAUGAGCAAGUCAGUAAACAUCGACAGGAAAUCUUGGAGUGGCUGACGCCAUCCAACUAUUCAUCACAACAACGAGAUUACUUCUCCACAAGGCACCCAGAAACAGCAUCCUGGCUACUAGAGUCCAAGGAAUUUGAAUGGGUAGCAAACAGAGGCCAGACUCUGCUGUGCCAUGGGAUGCCAGGGGCCGGCAAGACCAUCAUGACUUCCGUCGUCAUAGACCAUUUGAUACACCGGUUCCGUGAGGAACCGAGGGUCGGGAUAGCCUACGUUUACUGCAACUUCAAGGACACCGAACGCCAAGAUUGCCACGAUCUCUUGUCUAGUCUAGCGAAGCAGCUGGCGCAAUCCUGCUCUGAAUUCCCUCAAAGUCUUGAGACGCUCUACGACAAACACCAGAAGCGGAAGACCUCAAGAUCUACUCAAGAGACCAUCGAUCUGCUCCAGGUCUUAUCCUCCUGCUACGAAAGAACAUUCAUCGUUGUUGACGCCUUGGAUGAGUGUGAUAGAAACGCUCGACAAGCUUUUCUUCCAGAAAUCCUCCGGCUACAACAAAGAUCCCAAGUCAAUAUUUUUGCAACCACCAGAGAAAUUCCUGAGAUCUUGGAGUCGAAGGAAUUUGAGAAUUCUAUCUCUGUAGAAAUCAGGGCUAAUCAGGAGGACGUACUAAGAUACACGUCAGAUCGUAUGGCCCGCAUGCAGAGCUUUGUCCGCAACAACCUUGAUUUACAGAAGGAAAUCAGACACACCAUUGCAGAAAAGGUUAACGGAAUGUUCCUGUUGGCGAGACUGCUCAUCGAUGCUUGGUCUAACAAGCUGAGCCCGAAGGAGCUCAAGAAGGCACUCAAAGUCUUUGGAGAAACGAGUGAAAAGGCAAACAUCUACUCAGCCGUAUACAAUGAGGCCAUGAAUCGGAUUAGGUCUCAACCCUCUGAGCACGUUGAGCUCGCGCUGAACGUUCUCUCUUGGACAACAGGCGCCAAGAGGCCUCUUACAAUCGAAGAGCUGCAGCAUGCCCUCGCCGUCGAAGAGGGAGAAACGAAUAUAGACCAGGACAACAUCAUACCAGUCGAAACCAUGAUCUCUACAACACAAGAGUACUUCGAGAGGAAAAGACAUCAGUUUUUCCCAGAUAUUGACUCUCAAAUCGCAAUCGCGUGUACCAAUUACCUUUCGAUCAAGAACGUUUACAAGCUUCCCAGAGACUACGACUUCUACGAAUACGACUCCGCUCCAUUCUUCAACUAUGCAGCUCUAUACUGGGCGGAGCACACACGAGAGAGCUCCAUUAUCCCGACAGAAGUAGUUGGGUUUCUUCGGAACCAAGACGCACGUAAUAGAUCCGUUUCGGUGCUGAGACGACUACGUUGGAUGCGAUCUAUCCCUCGCACGUCGGCACAAGUGGCAGCAUAUUUCGGGAUUCUCCAACUGUUCACCAACUAUACUCUCCCGGAGAUCGACAUGUACUCGGUUGACGAAAGUGGCGAGGAGAUCCUCACAUCAGUGGCCAGCAUGACGGGCACAGGGUCAGCUUUGCCGGCGCUCAUGAGUGGUGCAGUCAUUGCUGAAAGACACGACUUGAACAUGCAAGAACCCAGUAUUCAAAACCCUGCAUCAGUUGAUGUAGAGGAAAAUGUUACAGCCGCUCUUCAACUUCUCGUAGAGAUGGGAGCGGAUAUUGGAGCCCAAGACCACCACGGCAAGACCCCGGUAUACUGGGCCAUCGUCUCUAGGAAUAUCCCAGCUCUUCAUUUCCUGUUAGAAAAGAAUGUCGAAGCAGAGGUCGAAUCAAAUGGGGGGAAGCGCCCUUUACUACAGGCUGUUGCGAAAAGCAGCAUGGCGGUUGUGGAAGUUAUUCUUGACCAUAAUGUCGAUAUCGACGCUACAGAUGAGAAAGGACGAAUUGCAUUAUCAUGGGCUGCAGGUUGCGGCAAUCUCGCGGCUGUGCAACUUCUUUUGAAGAACGGUACCAAGGUUGACGUCCCGGAUAAAGGUGGUCGAACCCCCUUAGCUUGGGCAUGCGCAGCGAAAGACACAAAUUACCAAAUCAUCCGGACUCUUCUGGCAUACGGCGCCAGCCCAGACAUUGGGGGCAGCGCCGGUGCUAUAUGGCUUUACGCUCGUCAUAAAUUUGAUCUUGCCAUCAUUGAUAUGUUUUGUCAGUAUGGUUUUGACAUGUGCUCAGAAGACGACUUAGGGGCAACGCUGCUAUGUUAUGCUGCAAGACAUGAAUCAGCGGAAGCUUUCAAGAUGAUCCUAGAGCUGACAAAUCUGGACUUGAACUCGAAGGACCACAGCGGCCGAACGGUUUUGUGGUAUGCAAUGAAGGGAGCUCCCUGGCGCAGAUCCAAAACAGAGGUUGUGAGAAUGAUAUUGGAUGACACCAAAGCCGACCAUGACUGCCUUGGCAUACAACAAGCUCUGAUUCAGGCGAUCGAUCGCAAUUUCGUGGGACUUUUCCGGUGUCUGCUCACUCGCGAGGGCGUGAGUAUCAAUGGGGAGUUCAAUGGGAAGGAUGCUAUGUUGUAUGCAGCUGAGAAAGGAAGCUUGUCAAUUUUCAUGUCACUCAAAGAGUAUGGUGCUGUGUGGGGACAGAAUCAAUGUGAGAACGUGGAAAUACUGUCAAGCAAUUUGUGGAGGUUCAAGGAAAUCGACAUCGAAAAGAGAAUCUUCAAGUGGUCUUAUCACAAAGGUCAGCUGUUGUAA